AUGGCCUGUUUGGGCGCUUUGACUGAUGGUUUAGCUUGGAAAAGAAUGGCAGUAUUUGAGGACACGUUGAUUGAGUCGAAUAUUUUUGCUUUUGCUGGCAUACCACGGACCUCGUCAAUUGCGUCAGUCGUACAGUCAUGGUCUAAUAAGGAAGUCCUUCACUGGCUAGAAGGUUUUAUCGGUAGCAUUUCAGGAAUCGAUAGUUCAGUUUCUCAUUAUAGCGAUAUGAUAGAAAAAAGCCAGAUAGAUGGGAGGGAUUUGUUGCUUCUUGAUGAAGAUGCUAUUUAUGAUAUGGGAAUUACCAACUUUGGCGUUGCCAAGAUGAUUUUUCAGGCGAUUCAAAUUCUCACUGACUUUUGUUACAAUGUGGGGGAAGAGAAUUUGCAAACGUUAUGCCUGAAUGUUUGUGUCUGUGUCCGCCAGCUGGAGUGUGAUAUUAAGAACAUUCAGCGUUCUUCACAGCAACAGUUUUCUCAGUCUGAGCUCAUAUCUCUAAAUAAUAUACUUUUUUUAUCUGUUUGUCAGGUUAUAGAACAGCUGAAAAAGGUUCUUGUUUGGCUUGAUAGAAGUCCCUUUGAUCGGGUUUCGUCCUUUAUUGAAUUUCGUUCCGGUAUAAUGCAAGACUGCUUAUCACUAUUACGUGCAGUGUGUGAUCCGUAUUUAAAUAAGCACUUUUCCGAAGUUGUUGACUUGAUUAAUGAGAUUGCAAAAAGCGUCUACGAAAAGUGUGACUCCAUUGUUACUACUUCUUUGGAUCCUAUGGUUUGUUACACAACCUCUUUUGAAACUGCGGUACUGCGAAAGACUAAGGAUAGCCUUGCCUGGGGUUUCAAUCUACAGUCCUCGUAUCGCGGAGUUCAUGUAGUAUGCGAAGUAAAAUUGCUUUCACCAGCCGACGCGUGCGGUGAAGUCGAUGCAGGGGAUGAGAUCUUACAGAUUAACGGAGAGAUGGUUUUGGGUUGGGAACUGAGAAAAGUUGCUACAAGACUUUCAUCGUUCGCACUGAAUGAAUGUUGUCGGGAGUUAAUUCUGUUUGUUAACAAGCGUCCCAGAGAACCAACUUUAGUUCCACGUCUGCCUAGGCCAAGCUUAAAAGUUGAAGCGACUGGAGCACGAAAUUUUAAACGGAAGCCUAGCGCUCUGCAUACGCUUUUAACGGAAGAAACUGAAGUCAUUGAUGAAAGGAAAAAGCGAUCCAGUAAACAAGAAUCACCAGGCCUUUCAUUACCUCCUGACACAGCAAUGACAACUUCCUCAACGAGUACUGACCUUUUUGUUGGCGAAACUUUCUUUGAUAAUCGUAUACGCUUGAUUCGCCGAGCAACGAUCUCCUGUGGAACACCGCCUCCUCAGAUUCCACUGCACCAACCAAUAGAUCGUUCUCAGUCCCUAACUAUUGCGUUAAUGAUGAUGGGUAUGGAAGACGAACUACAUGGGUCGGGGACUAGAGAAGUUAAAAUGACCGAAGAAACUGGUAUGCAAGUGGAAAUGGUAAUUAGGCGACGCAGGACAAUGAGGCAACAACCAGGUGGCUACGUAAAGUCCUUUGUCGACAACCAACCAAUAUGUGAGUUAGAAAAUGGGUUUUUGGAUGGGACUGAUAACAAAUAUAAUGAAGAAGAAACGGAAAGUGCUUGUACUGCAGUCUUUGUCGGGAAAGGACCAAAUAAUUUAGAUGAAGCAGAAAGCGAGAAGGAACCAGAGCGCUACGCAGUAAUUGAUGUUGUUGAUCAGUGCGAUCUGAAUUUGCUAAACUUGCCUCCAUUAGACGAUUCUGAGUGGUCUUCUGUACUACACUUAUCCCUUUCUUCCCUUAUAGACGACCAAGAAUCGUUAGAGCGAGAAGAUUCUAGUACGAUUGGGUACACAUUGAUUCUGAAAAUAACAAACUUCAAGAAUCCUAUCGCAGAAACGGAUGAAACUUCCUUAGGGUGGGAUAGCGACACUGAAAGUGAAAUCAAAUAUCCUGGUAACGCUCAAGAUGAAGAAACAGCGGCUGCUGUUAAAGAAGAAUGUGUACUGUCAAAUCUUCUUCGGGAUCUUAGUCGUAUUCCGUGCGCAGAACUACAAGACAAGCAACAAAAAGGAUGGAUCAGAAGAAAACGGCUGGAACAUGAACCAUCUUCCAAUAAAUGGAUUAAAUGUUGGAUGGUUCUCUGUUCAGGCGUUUUGUACAUAUAUCAGAACCAAUACGCACUGCAAGCGGACAUUGUAAUUGCUGUCGCGAAAUUUAUAGUGUCAGAUGCUCCUGAGCUCAGAACUUCCAAAAAGUAGUGGAUGAAUAAACUUGGUUUAGCAGCUAUCUGCUAUGACCAAACGGCUGAGGAACGUGAGCAGUCUGAUACGCUCUCCCGCUCUAUGGUUUUCAUCGCGUCCUUGGAUGAUUCGGCAAAUCCUCCAUUUCACUCCUCGUCACCGUCCCCUCCUGUACAUCACACUUUACCACGUGCUAAUGUCGGUGGUUCAAACGCAAGACGCGCUGGACGCAUGCCUCGUCAGAACUCGUUGCACAGUCCCAGGAGUUCUCCAUACUCUGCAGAACUGAAUUCUUCGGGCAAUUUUUUUACCGGGAAAUUUUUUAAACGUAAUGAGUCAUUUGAAAGUUAA